CUCUAUAAAGCCAACGGCUAUUAUUCCGGUCUCUCACUCUUUUCAAUUUAUCGGAGCAGAAAAACUCGGGGGAGAAGAUCGCGGAGCUCAUGAACACCGAUCACAGUCUUCAUUCUCGGACAAUGUGGCAAAAACUCGGCUAAUUUCCUCGGCAGAUAAUCGCCACCCCCGCAAGUCUUGCAAUUUAAGCUCUCACCCUUUGCCCAUUUCUCUUGAUUCUUUCCCUUAGGUAAGAAUCCACUCUCUCCUCAAAAUACAAUUCUCUGCCCCAAUUCUUUCUGAGAGUUUAGCACUUUUACACACUGUGUUCUUCUAAAUCUUCAAGACCCACAACAAUGCUCUUUCCCCAGAGGAUGUGAAUUGCAAAUAUCGAAACUGGGGUACGUGGGAAAAAAAAAUUAAUAAUAAUAAUAGUUGAAGAUUUCUUUUGGGUUGCUAAUUUUCUUCUCUGUUUUUUAAUUACUUUUCACGUCUGGGUGUGAAAGGGUUGUUCUUAAAUCCCGGGAGGGGUUUCAUUUCUUUUCUGGGGAUUUUCGAUUUUUUCCCUUUUCGUGUACAGAAGUUGUUUUUUUUUUUUUUGGUUUUUGAUUGAUUACUUGGUUUUAGUUUCUGGGUCUUUGAAUGAAAUGUGAUUGAAAGGCCUUGAUUGAGUUAGAGGCCUUUUGUUUCAUUUCAAAAUCUAGGCAUCAAGAGACUGAGGUUUUAGGCGGGGGAGGUGUAAAAUGUCUGUUGCUGAUAUUGCUUUGAGUCCGAUUCGCAAAGAGUCGGUGCGUUCUGCCGGGUUUUGUGCUAGCCAGGUGGGGCAUUGCUCCAGCGAAUCGAUUAUACUAUAUCUCAGGGUCGCCGGCUCUGUGAUCCCCAUGCGUGUCUUAGAGUCCGACUCCAUAGCUUCGGUGAAGCUGAGGAUCCAAACAUGCAAAGGGUUUGUGGUGAAGAAGCAGAAGCUUGUGUUUGGAGGCAGGGAAUUGGCCCGGAACGAUACUCUCAUUAAGGACUACGGCAUUACUGGUGAGAAUGUUUUGCAUUUGGUGCUGAGACUUUCCGAUCUUCUGCACAUAACUGUUAGGACUAUUUGCGGCAAAGAGUUUGAAUUCCGUGUUGAUAGACACCGAAAUGUCGGGUAUAUUAAGCAGCGGAUCGUCAAGAAGGGGAAAGGUUAUGAUGAUCCUGAGGAACAGGAGCUCUUCUGCAACGGCGAAAGGCUCGAUGACCAGAGGCUCAUUGAUGAUAUUAGCAAGAGCAAUGAUGAUGUCAUUCACUUGGUGGUUCAGAAGUCUGCAAAGGUCAGAGCUAAGCAUUUCGCGAAAGAUUUGGAGCUCUCGGUGGUGGCAAUUGUCUCGAAUGAAAGAGGAUUUAACGGAGAAGAUGACAAUCGAAGCAAUGGGAAUCACGCCAUUGCAUGGGAUUCACCCGGUAGACUUCCAGAUUUCUUGUUGGAACCAAUCAUUGUCAAUCCCAAGAUUGAAUUGCCGUCUUAUGUGUGGGAUAUGAUCAACUCUACGUACGAUGGUAUGGUGAAGGGCAGUCAGCCCAUAAGGUCCUCUGAGGGGACAGGAGGGACUUACUUCAUGCAAGAUUCUUCUCAGGAGAUCAUUUCGGUUUUCAAGCCUAUCGAUGAGGAGCCUAAUGCAGUCAACAAUCCCCACGGCUUACCUGUAUCGCCAGAUGGGGAAGGGUUGAAAAGAGGAACGAGGGUAGGAGAAGGAGCCAUCAGGGAAGUAGCUGCAUUCUUGUUAGAUCAUCCCAGAAGCGGGCCUCGCACAUUAUCUGGCGAGACUAUGGGCUUUGCUGGGGUGCCACCUACAAUGUUAGUUAGGUGCUUGCACAAGGGAUUUAAUCAUCCCCAUGGAUUUGAUAGCUUAUCUAAACAUGUUAAGAUUGGAUCAUUGCAAAUGUUCAUGAAGAAUGAUGGAAGUUGCGAGGACAUGGGUCCUGGUCGUUUUCCCAUGGAGGAGGUGCACAAGAUUAGUGUUUUCGAUAUCAGAAUGGCUAAUGCAGAUAGGCAUGCUGGCAACAUUUUGUUUGGAAAAGGUGAAGAUGGUCAGACUGUGCUCAUUCCAAUCGAUCAUGGAUACUGCCUGCCUGAGAAUUUUGAAGAUUGCACCUUCGAUUGGCUUUAUUGGCCACAAGCUCACCAGCCUUAUUCAGCUGAUAUCAUUGAGUACAUAAAAUCUUUGGAUGCUGAGCAAGAUAUUGCUCUUCUCAAGUUUUAUGGGUGGGAUAUUCCUAUUAAGUGUGCCCGGACUCUUCGUAUCUCAACCAUGCUUUUGAAGAAAGGGGUGGAGAGAGGUCUCACGCCCUUUGUCAUUGGUAGCCUCAUGUGUAGGGAGAAUAUUAACAAGAAAUCAGUGAUCGAGGACAUUGUGAGUGAAGCUCAGGAUUCUUUGCUUCCCGGCAUGAGUGAAGCCGCAUUUCUCAAAGCUAUUUCUGAGAUCAUGGAUUCCCGGCUUGACAAGCUUGCAAAGUAAUUUUCCUCUAUUUUAUAGGUAUAUAUUUGUACGUAUGGAUCAAAAUUACUAGUCCAUUUUCAGAUGGACUGAAGAUUGUAUGAAAUGUGGAGGGCUUAUGCCUCAAGUUUCCCUUUCAUUUCUGUCAACUGACAGGAUAUUGAUAUAUACCGUGACUUCUGUCUACU